AGGCUCCUCCCUGGAAGGUGGUCCCUCCUCCUCCUCCUCCUUCAUUCCUUCUGGGAAGAGGAUCUGGCUGCUGCUCCGCCUUCAUGCCUGAUUUGCUCCUGAGAAAGAGGUUAAAGCCAGCACUUUGAAUUGUGCCCGGUAGCAGACUAGCAGCCAGUGGAGUUGUGUAUUCCCUGUACGCUGCUCUCGUGAUCAACCUGGCUGCCGUUCCUUGGACUAUUUGAAGCUUCCGAACAGUCUUCAAAGGCAGCCCCAUGUAGAGUGCGUUGCAGUAAUCUAUUUGGGAUGUAACAAGAGCGUGGACCACCGUGGCCAAGUCUGGCUUCUCAAGGUCUGCUGCUGGAAAAUGAGACGCGGGUGAACUGAGCUGCAUCCCUUCUAAUCUGUCACACCGUCGACAAGGAAGAGGGUCUCUUCAGUAGAGCUUUUGAUCAUAUCCAUUAUUUGGUUGUCAUUGAGCUCAGACCUGCUAGGGCCUCAUCAAUCAUAGAACAGCCCUCAGUCCCAUUUGAGGAGUGAUGUAUAAGUCACUAAGGAGGAGUUGAAUAUCCUUGAUCACAGCCUCAGGGCUCUCUCCUAGCAGGACAGAAUGGAGGAGCAUGGGAACGUGGUAUUUCAGGUAGGUAACGAGCAGGAAGAUCCUUUUGUGGAGUCCUCUACGAUGUCAAGGGAAACAGAUGAAAUCUUUGUGGAGAAAGAGGAAUUAGAGAAUCAAAAGGGACAGAAAAACCAAAAGGGAAAUGAAUCAAAGAAAGGAAAGAAGAAUAGCUCUGCUCCUCAGGGAGAGAACAAUUUAGAACUCUUGACAAUCCAAGGACAAAAAAGGGUACUUUGUGGAAAAACAUUCCAGAGUAAAUCUUCCUUGAAUGCACAUAACACAAUCCACACAGGAGAGAAACCACAUCAAUGCACCGAAUGUGGAAAGACCUUCUCUCAAAAAAAUCAUUUACGUUCACAUCAAAUUACUCAUACUGAGAAGAAGUCAUAUCCGUGUGUGGAAUGUGGAAAGAGUUUCAGUCAGAGUUCCCAUCUAUAUUCCCAUCAAAAAAUCCACAGCGGGGAGAGGCCAUAUACAUGUACGGCAUGUGGGAAGAGCUUCCGUGAGAAGGGACAUCUACAGAGACAUCAAACAAUCCACACAGGAGAGAAGCCCCAUCAAUGCCCAGAAUGUGGAAAGAACUUUGCUCGCAUUGGAGGUCUACGUUCUCAUCAAAGACUUCAUACAGGGGAGAAACCAUAUCAAUGCAUGGAAUGUGGAAAGAGUUUCUCUCAUAAAGAUAAAUUAAAAUUGCAUCAAAGAACCCACACAGAUGAGAAACCAUAUCAGUGCAUGGAAUGUGGACAGAGGUACAUGCACAGCAGAAGUCUUACUUUGCACCAGAGAACUCACACAGGGGAGAAACCAUACAAAUGCAUGGAAUGUGGAAAGGCCUUUAGUCGAGGUGAAGAUCUCAAUCUACAUCAAAGGAUUCACACGGGAGAGAAACCCUGUAAAUGCACAGAGUGCGGAAAGAGCUUCUAUUGCCGUGUAAAUUUAUGGAGACAUCAAAGAAUCCACACUGGGGAGAAACCAUUUCACUGCAAGGACUGUGGAAGGAGCUUCACCCAGAAUGCACACUUGCGUAAUCAUGAAAGGACCCAUACUGGGGAGAAGCCAUUCCAGUGUGUGGAGUGUGGAAAGAGUUUCAGUCAGAGUGGAGACCUCCGUUCACAUCAAAGAAUCCACACCGGAGAGAAGCCAUACGAAUGCACCGAAUGUGGAAAGACAUUCAGGCUCCGUCAUAGUUUAGAUUCACACAGAAAAACGCACACAGGAGAGAAACCAUAUAAAUGCUCUGAGUGUGGGAAGACCUUUGCUCGAUGUCAGAGUUUACGUUCCCAUCGAAAAACCCACACAGGAGAGAAACCACAUAAGUGCAUGGAAUGUGGAAAGACUUUCUCUCAUGGUCAAAAUUUACGUUCCCAUCAAAAAAUUCACACAGGAGAGAAACCAUUUAAAUGCAUAGAAUGUGGAAAGACUUUUUCUCAUGGUCAAAAUUUACGUUCCCAUCAAAGGACGCACACUAGAGAAAAGCCCUAUAAGUGCAUGGAAUGUGGAAAGCGUUUCAGACAGAGUGCACAUCUAGUUGGGCAUAAGAAAUCACACGCGAGGAAAUCACCAUGUAUAUAAAUGAAAUGUAGAAAGAGCUGGAGUCAGAAUAGCUACGUUCAUACACAUAAUAGAACACAGAAUAGCUAUGUUCAUACACAUAAUAGAACACAGAAUAGCUAUGUUCAUACACAUCACACAGCUCACAUGGGGGAAUCCACAUACAAGUGUCAAAUAUGGUGUCAAGUAGCAUUAAUUCUAUAGUGUUCUUUAUCACCCUAUGUUGACAUUAAAUAUCCCACACAGCAAUGAUUUGAAAUAAGUUGUAUAAGAUGUAUUGUAUGUUAGCCUGUUGUUCUCACUGUAAUGCCUGAACCUGAAAUUCAUUAAGGGAACGAAUCUUUAGUUGAGAGGCCCGAGCAGCUAGAACUUUGCCAAUGUUCAGAUGAGAGGCCAGGGAAGAAAGACCUUUCACCAAAUUCUGACAGCGACUCAGAUGCUGAAUGUGUUGUCAAAGGCUUUCAUGGCCGGGAUCACAGGGUUGUUGUGUGUUUUCCAGGCUGUAUGGCCAUGUUCCAGAAGUAUUCUCUCCUGACGUUUUGCCUACAUCUAUGGCAGGCAUCCUCACAACCUAUGAGGAUGCCUGCCAUAGAUGUGGGUGAAACAUCAGGAGAGAAUACUUCUGGAACAUGGCCAUACAGCCCAGAAAACACACAACAACUGACUCAAAUACUGUUGAUUUAGAUGUUAGCAAGAACUUAACCUUGAAUAGAAGGCAGUUUUACAAGAAAGAUAGGGAAGUCUGUGAAAGACUCAGGCGAUCUGCUUGUUUACAACAGGAAAGAUGUCAAUAAAAUGAACUAGCUUCCUUCAAGGGCAAAAGGAAUGCAUUUCUCAGGACCUUUCAUUUUCCAGUCGAGGCAAUUUUCGCUUAACCUCCAAGAUUCCUGCUUUUCAGUGCUCCAUGUUUUCGUGGAUAUUUCUUGGUUCCAGUUGUCCCUUGGGAUUUAAUGUGUGGAUUUAAUUACUUUAUCCAUGGCAUGUCUGUGGAUUUCUUUUGCUUUGUUUCUUGUUUUUUCCUGCCUUGUUCCAUGGAAGUUUCUACAGAUUUGAUAAUGGAUUUUGACAGAAACAUUUAAGACAUUCUUAUGGAGUAACUUUUGGAUUAUCCUUUAUACUACUUUUACUGCUUUGCUUAUAUAUAAAUAUAUUCCACAAUAAACUGCUUGCUUUAUACUCAGUUUGUUACAGUCAAAGGGAUUUCUGCCUUUGAGUGCAACAAGAUGCUACAUAGAUGUAUUUUGACACCAGGGAGACUUGUAUGAAGGCAGCCUACUAAAUGCUGGAAACUUGAGCACAAUAGCGGGAUGUUUUAUCAUAUGUGCUGGUCUUGUUGAAAGGUUCAGAAAAAUUGGACUCAAAUACACUUGAUACUGGAAGAAAUUGUGAAGGUUAUCUUCACAAUGUGGCUGACAUUUGAUCUACUGAGAAUGCUGGAUGGCCAUUUAGAAAGAAAAUAUGCAAGGUUAUUACAAUAUAUGAGCAGAAUUGAGUUGGGAUGAAUCAAUGAUUCCAACAAAAGAAGAAUGGGGAUGAAGAAUUGUGAACUAACUGAAAGAACAAUUCCCUUCCCAUUCCCCUUUCCCUUUGAGUGUGACAUUUGUCGACAGUCCAUGUUUCGCAGGCAUAUAGCAGGGUUGGGAGGACAAUAGCUUUAUAAACAAGCAUCUUGGCAUUCCUAUGUAUGUCCUCAAACACUCUCUGCUUCAUUUGGAAAAAUGCUGCACUUGCAGAGCUCAGGCGGUGUUGUAUUUCAGCUUCAAUGUUGACUUUUGUGGAGAGGUGGCUGCCAAGGGAGUGGAAAUGAUCGUUAUUAUUAUUAUUAUUAUGCCAUAUCUCAAUGCUGUGCAGUCCUGGGAGUCAUAGUCUUCCAAGGUCCAUACGAGUGUUUCUCAACAUGUGGAUCCCCAGGUGUUUUGGCCCACAACUCCCAGAAAUCCCAGCCAGUUUGCCAGCUGUUAGGAUUUCUGGGAGAUGAUGGCCAAAACAUCUGGGGACCCACAAGUUGAGAAGCACUGGUCCAUACUCUUCUCUUGGUGCAUUUACAUUAUAAAAUUUACAUUAUAAAAUUAACCAUGAAUGCCCUUGCACCCCACUUUAAAUCCCAUGGCUCCAUGCAAUGGAGUCCUCCUGGGAGUUAUAGUUUCCCAAGGUCCACACCCUUCUCUGUGGGGCAGUGAGGGUUUAAAAGGAUUCCAGACAGGAAUAAAACUAUGUACAGUGUAUGAUCACAUACCUGCAGGAUGGUUGCCAAGAGUUUUAUCUCCUCACAUUUGACAGAAUACGUCCUCUCUAGGAAUUUUCUACAUCCUCCAGGGUAAUUUUCUGAUAACAUGUGACAUAAGGUGUUCAUAGUAUUCCGUUUACAUGGCAAGUUCAAGAACAUGUCCUCUGUGGAUACUGAACUGUAAUCACCAUCAUAGGCUACCACAUGUAUGUUUGUUUUCCUUAAGUCCUAUUUUGAUCCUCGUCGUCUGCCACAAGGAAGGAGAAGUGUAAUGUAAAGAAAAUGGAUUCCCUUGAAUAGGCAAAUAAAUAAUCCACUAUUACAAUACUGAAGUAUUGGGUCUAGGAGGUACUGUUCUGCAGUGGUUCUGGUCCUUCCUUGGGGAUCACUCCCAUAAAGUGUUGUUGGGAGACACCUGCUCGGCCACACAACCUUUGUCCUGUAGAGUCCUGCAGGACUCAAUACUGUCUCCCAUGUUGUUUAACAUCUACCUGAAGCCGUUGGGAGAGAUCAUCCAGAGUUUUGGGGUUCAAUGUCCUCUGUACGCAAAUGAUAUCCAACUCUAUCCCUCCUUCCCACCUAUUAAGGAGGCUGUUCAGGUCCUGAACCAGUGCUUGGCUGCUGUGAUGGUCUGGAUUAGGGUGAACAAAUUGAAAUUGAAUCCAGAGAAGACAGAGGUACUCUUGGUCAGUCGAAAGGCCAAAUAGGGCAUAGGGUUACAGCCUGUGUUGGACGGGGUCACACUCCCCCUGAAGACACAGGUUUGCAGCUUGGGAGUCCUCCUGGACUCAUCGCUGAGCCUGGAACCUCAGGUUUCGGCAGUAGCCAGUAGAGCUUUCACAUAAUGAAAACUUGUGAGCCAGUUGCGUCCACACAUUGGGAAGUCAGACUUGGCCAUGGUAGUCCAUGCUCUGGUUACAUCCCAAAUAGAUUACUACAAUGCCGUCUACGUGGGUGGAAAGAGCUAAUAAGACUGCCACCAAUUUGUAAAGAUUCAACCACCAAAGACUCAGGGAGGAGACCUUUUACUUUUUUUUCUUUCUUCUUCACUUUAGAUGGUAGUGUAACUUGGUUUAGAAUAUAUGCGACAGAGGCAUAGAUGUUGGAAGAACAAUAACAAGUUUAUUCAGGCACAGAGCUUAGUGGUUACAAUGUUGUUUCUCAGAGGUAUUCUUAUUAACAGUUACAAUACUAGAAUGAGAUGAAUCAAACUCUCUAAAGUAUCACUUCAUUUACUUAAAGUAGUUAAAACCUAUUCCUCUGCUACUUUCUAACCGUCUGUGAGUCCAACUGGGAUUGGUUCCCAAAGUCUGAAACUUGGACUAUCCAGUGACUUCAAACCACAGUCACCCCUGUGAUAUACUAUCACAGAUUCUCUGUGCCUUACCAGGACACAGACUACAUUAAAUAAGUCACCAAACUUAUUUAAAACUGACUCAAAAUGAACAAUUGAGUCUCUUUGAUCCCAUCAACCUGGAAUCAAUCUUCCCUGUGCCUCAUCAGAGCACAGACAGACUUUCUUUUUUAAACUCUGCACUUCUUCAACUAUACGGCAGUUGGCUCCGCCUACUUCUCCAUGGCAACCAGCCUCUGAGUGCUGAGAUGCAAUAACUGUAAUACUUACCCUUUUAAAACAUAAACACACAAUUAAACGUAACAUCUGUAUACCAAAAUUCGUACUUCAUUACAGUGGGGUUGUCAUUGAAGACUAUUUGGAAUCUCGAAAUGGUCCAGAUUGCUCACUGGAGCAGCGUACAUGGAGCAUACAACCCUUCUGUGGCGUCAGCUCCACUGGCUGCCAGUCUGCUACCGAACACAAUUCAGAGUGCUGGCUUUAGCCUAUAAAGUCCUAAAUAGUUAUGGCCCAGCUUACCUGUCUGAACGUAUCUCCCUCUACAAAUCACUGUUGGAGACUAGCCCGGAGGGGAAGUAAAGGAGAGAAUUCCAGGAGAGCAAUAAAACAAGCCUUUUAUUGUUAUCACAGCUGAUGAUAAGGCAAAACAGCUGUAGGUACCCACUUCAGUGGGUCCGUACCAUGCAAAUGGCCAUUGCAACAUGUGCGUAGCAAACAAAGAAUUUAUAUCUCGGCUUAUCUAAAAUUGACCAAUGGCUGAGGGUCUUCCUCACCUUCUACACCUACUUGGCAUAAGUGAUACCUCUGACCUCACUUAUUGAUUUCAAGCUAACUUUUGGUCUUGGAAAUUGGAACGGAUUAUGCUUGUGGAUUAUGUGAUGAAUUGUGAUUGUAUGGUUUUAAAAUGUUUUUAUUGUUUUAAUUGUAUUUUAUUAUUCCAAUUUAAAUUAAAUGUCUAUUUCAAUUCUG